CAGCAGGCAGUUAUUCAACCAGCCCCAUCCCUGUGCGGGCACAGCUUCUAGGACACCGGCUUCCUGCCCGCCUCCCACCCCGUGCCUCGCUUCCUUUUCCUUCUGCCGGCCAGGUCCAUCCAGCCGCGCCCCACCCCACGAGCAUCAUGGCCGAUUCGGAGGACUCCCCCCACCCCAGCCCCGGCGAGGCCACCGACCCCCCGGCGGAAGACGCGUCCCCCCAGAACGACGCCUUCCCCCUCUCUUCGCUGGCCAACCUGUUCGAGGGCGAGGAGGGCUCCUCCGAGGCGCCGCGGGGCCCGCCGGGCUCCGGGGACGGGAAGCAGAACCUGCGCACGAAGCUGCACGGGGCCUUCCGCAAGGGCGUCCCCAACCCCAUGGACCUGCUGGAGGCCACCAUCUACGAGUCGGCGGUGGUGCCGGGGCCCAAGAAGGCGCCCAUGGACUCGCUCUUCGACUACGGCACCUACCGCCACCACCCCAGCGACAACCGGCGCAGGCGCAAGAAGGCCCCCGAGAGGAAGCCGCCCAGCACCAAGGGGCCUGCCCCCCACCCGCCCCCCGUCCUGAAGGUGUUCAACCGGCCCAUCCUCUUCGACAUAGUCUCCCGGGGCUCCACGGCCGGCCUGGAUGGCCUGCUCCCCUUCCUGCUCACCCACAAGAAGCGCCUGACGGACGAGGAGUUCCGGGAGCCCUCCACGGGCAAAACGUGCCUCCCGAAGGCCUUGCUGAACCUGAGCAGCGGCCGGAACGACACCAUCCCGGUGCUGCUGGACAUUGCCGAGAAGACGGGCAGCAUGCGGGAGUUCAUCAACUCGCCCUUCCGGGAUGUGUACUACCGCGGUCAGACCGCGCUGCACAUCGCGAUCGAGCGGCGCUGCAAGCACUACGUGGAGCUGCUGGUGGAGAAGGGGGCCGACGUCCACGCCCAGGCCCGCGGCCGCUUCUUCCAGCCCAAGGACGAGGGCGGCUACUUCUACUUCGGUGAGCUGCCGCUCUCGCUGGCCGCCUGCACCAACCAGCCGCACAUCGUGCAUUACCUGACGGAGAACGCCCACAAGCAGGCCGACCUGCGGCGCCAGGACUCGCGCGGCAACACGGCCCUCCACGCCCUGGUGGCCAUCGCCGACAACACCCGCGAGAACACCAAGUUCGUCACCAAGAUGUUCGACCUGCUGCUCAUCAAGGGCGCCAAGCUGUUCCCCGACACCAGCCUGGAGGCCCUGCUCAACAACGACGGCCUCUCGCCCCUCAUGAUGGCCGCCAAGACUGGCAAGAUCGGGAUCUUCCAGCACAUCAUCCGGCGGGAGAUCAAGGACGAGGACGCCCGGCACCUCUCGCGCAAGUUCAAGGACUGGGCCUACGGGCCCGUCUACUCCUCGCUCUACGACCUCUCCUCGCUGGACACGUGCGGGGAGGAGGUCUCCGUCCUCGAGAUCCUCGUGUACAACAGCAAGAUCGAGAACCGCCACGAGAUGCUGGCCGUGGAGCCCAUCAACGAGCUGCUGCGGGACAAGUGGCGCAAGUUCGGGGCCGCCUCCUUCUACAUCAGCGUGGUCUCCUACCUCUGCGCGAUGGUCAUCUUCACGCUGGUGGCCUACUACCGCCCCCUGGAGGGCAUCCCCCCGUACCCGUACACCAGCACCACCGACUACCUGCGCCUGGCCGGGGAGGUCGUCACCCUCUCCACCGGAGUCCUCUUCUUCUUCACCAACAUCAAGGACCUCUUCCUGAAGAAGUGCCCCGGGGUGAACUCCUUCUUCAUAGACGGCUCCUUCCAGCUGCUCUACUUCAUCUACUCGGUGCUGGUGCUGGUGGCGGCCGCCCUUUACCUGGCCGGCAUCGAGGCCUACCUGGCCGUCAUGGUCUUCGCGCUCGUCCUGGGCUGGAUGAAUGCGCUCUACUUCACGCGAGGACUCAAGCUGACCGGCACCUACAGCAUCAUGAUCCAGAAGAUCCUGUUCAAAGACCUCUUCCGCUUCCUGCUCGUCUACGUGCUCUUCAUGAUCGGCUACGCAUCAGCACUGGUCUCGCUGCUGAACCCGUGCCCCAGCCUGGAGGCCUGCGGCGAGGACCGCGCCAACUGCACGGCGCCCGCCUACCCGUCCUGCCGGGACAGCCGCACCUUCAGCGCCUUCCUGCUGGACCUCUUCAAGCUGACCAUCGGCAUGGGCGACCUGGAGAUGAUCGAGAGCGCCAAGUACCCCGGCGUCUUCGUCAUCCUGCUCGUCACCUACAUCAUCCUCACCUUCGUGCUGCUGCUCAACAUGCUGAUCGCCCUCAUGGGGGAGACCGUGGGCCAGGUGUCCAAGGAGAGCAAGCAGAUCUGGAAGCUGCAGUGGGCCACCACGAUCCUGGACAUCGAGCGAGCCUUCCCCGUGUUCGUCCGGAAGGCCUUCCGCUCGGGCGAGAUGGUCACCGUCGGGAAGGCCUUGGACGGGACCCCCGACCGGCGGUGGUGCUUCAGGGUUGACGAGGUGAACUGGUCCCACUGGAACCAGAACUUGGGCAUCAUCAACGAAGACCCCGGCAAGAGCGACACCUACCAGGACUACGGCUUCUCCCACACCGUGGGCCGGCUGCGCAGAGAUCGCUGGUCCACGGUGGUGCCGCGGGUGGUGGAGCUCAACAAGAACGCGCACCCCGAGGAGGUGGUGGUGGCCCUGGAGAGCGUGCGGGGGCCCCAGGCGAAGGAGAAGCCCAGCUACCCCCAGGGCUGGAGGAGGGACGACUCCCACAUCUAGCCCGGGCCGAGCGAGCGGCUGCCCAGGAGGGGCUCGCAGGGCUCCCGCUGGUCCCCGGCAGGUGGCAGCCGAGCGCACGGACGCACCUCGCUCGAGGGAGCAGGCGAGCCGGAAGCCGCACGGUGCUCUGCACGAGGACACGGGCCCGCAGCCGCAGCAGCAGCGUAGGACGGGGGCCUGUGUGGGGGCCGCGGUGCUCAGCCCCCGGAGACGCCACUGGAGCGGGACACAGCCACGGCCUUCCGGGUGGCCGCCUGCCCACCCACGUGCUCCAGCUUUCGGGAAUUCGAGGGGGCAGCCGGAGCUGUGUGGGCAUGUGCAUCUCUUCCUCCGAGGCCUGCUUGCCUUUUCUACUCUAUUUUGCACAGGGUUUUAAUCUAGUUAUUUAUUUCGUAAUAAAAACCGAGGGGCGCCAGCUGGCCGCCUGGCCUGG